AUCUCUUUGUUGGUCCAGCGGCAGCUGCGCUCAUGUUGUUGUAGCUAGUUACUCUUUCUCUCUCUCUCUCUCCGGAAAUAUUUGUUCUCUUUCGAAAUAUUUCGUCUCUUGUUUCGUUGCGGCCUGUACACAUCCUCGUAUCUAGCGUUUGGUAUCAUACCUUGUCACAAUAUUAAGUUAACCGAGUAAUGGACUCAGACGAGGGGUACAAUUAUGAAUUCGACGAGGAGGAAGAGGAAUGCAGCGAAGACAGCGCUGAGGAGGAUCCCGAAGACGACACCCUGGAAGUGGAGUUGGAUGAUCCUGUUGUGGCCGGUGGAGAGCGAGAUGAAUGUGGGGAGACCGGGGGCAGUGGCCUAGGGCCCGGUCAAGACGAGGAGGACUAUCGGUUCGAGGUUCUGACUGCUGAACAGAUCCUUCAGCAUAUGGUCGAGUGUAUCAGGGAGGUCAAUGAUGUCAUCCAGAACCCUGCAACGAUAACAAGAAUACUUCUUAGUCACUUCAACUGGGACAAAGAGAAACUGAUGGAAAGAUAUUUUGAUGGGAACCUUGACAAAUUGUUCUCGGAAUGCCAUGUCAUCAACCCCAGUAAGAAGUCGAGGACACGGCUGAUGAACACGAGGUCCUCUGCUCAGGAUCUUCCCUGUCAGAUCUGCUACCUGAACUACCCAAACACGUACUUCACUGGCCUGGAGUGUGGACACAAGUUCUGCAUGCAGUGUUGGGGGGACUACUUGACUACCAAAAUCAUCGAGGAGGGGAUGGGACAGACAAUUUCCUGCCCUGCUCACAGCUGUGAUAUAUUGGUGGACGACAACACAGUCAUGAGACUGAUCACAGAGUCCAAGGUGAAGUUGAAGUACCAACACUUGAUUACCAAUAGUUUUGUAGAGUGCAAUCGACUGUUAAAAUGGUGCCCAGCGCCAGACUGCCAUCACGUAGUCAAAGUCCAGUACCCAGAUGCUAAGCCUGUGAGAUGCACAUGUGGCCGGCAGUUUUGCUUCAAUUGUGGUGAGAACUGGCAUGAUCCCGUCAAGUGUAAGUGGUUGAGGAAAUGGAUCAAGAAGUGUGACGAUGACAGCGAGACGUCCAACUGGAUCGCAGCCAAUACAAGGGAGUGCCCCAAAUGCCACGUGACCAUUGAGAAGGACGGCGGCUGCAACCACAUGGUGUGUCGGAACCAGAGCUGCAAGGCAGAGUUCUGCUGGGUCUGCCUGGGGCCCUGGGAACCACACGGCUCUGCCUGGUACAACUGCAACCGCUACAAUGAGGAUGAUGCCAAGGCAGCGAGGGACGCCCAAGAGGUAACACGGUCCAGGGCAGCCCUGCAGAGGUACCUGUUCUACUGCAACCGUUACAUGAACCACAUGCAGUCGCUGCGCUUCGAGCACAAGCUGUACGCCGGGGUCAAGGCCAAGAUGGAGGAGAUGCAGCAUCACAACAUGUCCUGGAUCGAGGUGCAGUUUCUGAAGAAGGCCGUGGACGUGCUGUGUCAGUGUCGCUCCACACUCAUGUUCACCUACGUCUUCGCCUUCUACCUCAAGAAGAACAACCAGUCCAUCAUCUUUGAGAACAAUCAGGCUGACUUGGAGAAUGCUACGGAGGUUCUGUCUGGUUAUCUGGAGCGGGACAUCUCCCAGGACUCUCUGCAGGACAUCAAACAGAAAGUACAGGACAAGUACAGAUACUGUGAGAGUCGGCGGCGGGUGCUGCUGCAGCAUGUGCAUGAGGGCUAUGAGAAGGACCUCUGGGAAUACAUAGAAGAUUAAGGAUAGACUCUUUACUAAAAAACCCUCUCCAGACUAGAGCGCUGAUGCAAUGCCACGGGGCAGCACUGGUUUUCACCUAUUGUUGCUGAUCUUCCCAAUAUUGCGUAUUUUUUUUCUUGGGUUUUGUUUAAUGGAAAAGUUUAAAUAAAUUAUAUCAAAAUAAAGGUAGAAUAUUUCAAACGUUAAUCGUACAACAGUAUUGUUUGUAGCAGGUUGGAUUGUGAGGACAAAAAAUAACUCCCCGCUUCUCUCAAUUGGUCACUAUUGUAACAUCACCCUCCCACUCUGUUCAGUUUUCCAGUGAGAUGUAUUUUAUUUGUUUAAUUUUUAAGUACCCUUGUGUGGGACAUGGGUUUGUGUUCAACACAGUCCAACUGUUCAAGCCAUGUUCAUUAAAUGUGGUUUGAUCACAUGUAGGGUUUUUGAAUGUUGAUUUGCUGAUUGUAAGGUGCUUAACCACGUGGGUUGGCAGGAAAAACCAUAGGGAGUGCAGAAAAAGGAAACAUGUUUUUCAAUUUGUAAAUAACGCAUAUGCAUGGAACAGCAAGUGUGGCCGUUUCUUUUAUUUGUCUUUUUUCUUUUAUUUUUGAAAAAUAUUUAUUCAUAUUUUUUUUUCAAAUAUUCAAUAUAGUUGCUGUGUAGAAGACAAGUUCCCUCCUGCUUUAAAAGAAAAUGUAUUCUUUGUGAGGGUUUGGAAGCUGUGUAGCUUCACCCAGGAGAACAAGGACAGAAACAGUUUGAACGAGCGAUAAAACUCUGACAGGGUUGUAGUAGCUUUCAAAAGCACUUCUGACAAAACAAAAUCCACCUAAAGGACAACAUUAGGUGAGAGAACGAGACUAAAGAACAAACUUUCUUUUUUUUUUUUUUUUUUUAUAGCCAGCCAGACUGUAGUUCAGGUAAUACAUUGAUUUAUUCAUAGUUGGAAUUGACCUUGCAACCUUCAGAGGUUAUCAACUAAUUGUACCUGAGGGGGUUUUGAGAAAUUAGAGAAUGACUUGGAAAGAACUCCGCUGUGUCCUAAGUGGCUCCCUAUUCUCUAUAUAGUGCACUAUGGGCCCCUGGUCAAAAGUAAUGCAUUAUAUAGGGAAUAGAGUGCCGUUUGGGAUGAAGGUCAUGUCCUGUUUGUUCUAACCCCCCUCCGUCCCACUCCCUCUUGUUUUUGUUCUUCCAUCACCACCCCUCCUGUUUCUCCUUAGAAGUUGUAAUUUCCAGAUAACACACUACCAACUGUUUCAUGAGAGCCAAAUUGAGUGACAUUCACUCAUAAAAAAGAUAAAAUAAACAAAUGUAUUUCUUUUUUCAGACUUGAGCUUUUCCUCAUGGUUUUUUGUAUGCACCUUGGUCACCUGGGAGGCGGUAGGGCACCUUGGUCACCUGGGAGGCGGUAGGGCACCUUGGUCACCUGGGAGGCGGUAGGGCACCUUGGUCACCUGGGAGGCGGUAGGGCACCUUGGUCACCUGGGAGGCGGUAGGGCACCUUGGUCACCUGGGAGGCGGUAGGGCACCUUGGUCACCUGGGAGGCGGUAGGGCACCUUGGUCACCUGGGAGGCGGUAGGGCACCUUGGUCACCUGGGAGGCGGUAGGGCACCUUGGUCACCUGGGAGGCGGUAGGGCACCUUGGUCACCUGGGAGGCGGUAGGGCACCUUGGUCACCUGGGAGGCGGUAGGGCACCUUGGUCACCUGGGAGGCGGUAGGGCACCUUGGUCACCUGGGAGGCGGUAUGUAAUUCCCUGAAAGGGCUGUUUUUAAACUUGAGUCAGUCAGCAUGACAACAUGACCUAGUCCUAGGCCCCUAAAGAAGUAGAAACUGACAGACCUGGCUGACAGGAUGUACCCCUCCCCUUUUUAUCUGUGUUCUGUAAAGGAGUAUUGUUUUCGUUAGCAGUUAGUUGAGCUAUACAAACUGCUUCGUGGGCUUUAAAGAACGAGUCUUGUCUGACAGCUGCAUUUUAAAAAAAAUUUAAAGACUGGGCAUGAAGAAGCGCUGAUGUUUUGAGAUGUCUGUUGUUGUAAAGCUUUGGCAUCUAGGCUAGACUAUGAGAGUGGCGUUUACACUGGUUGCUAGUCUGAACUGCCACCCUAUUCCCUAUAUUUUGCACUACAUUUGACCACAGACCAAUGGGGAGUAGAGCGCUAUAGGGGUUAGGUUGUCAUUUGGAAAGCAGCCUGGGUUGUACCAACAUGGUAACAUGAUGCCAUUUACCUUCAUAACACUUUCCAGUUUUAUACGAGCUUACGAGGUCCAAAACAAGACAAAUUCUAGCCCAGGGAAGUGGCUGAACUAGUCUCAGUGCUGUCCUCAGUCAGUGUUUGUUGGAAUACAUUUCUCAAUGCACUGUAGCCCUCGACAAAGACAAAAGUCUGGCAUUUGACAUUGAUGUGGCUGACGAGACGGAAACAAAGAUUUCUCUUCACCAAAGUGUGAAUCAUCUGAAAAUACUAUUUUUAUCUCUUGUUUCUGAUACUUUCUGUGAAAUGGGAAGUUCAGAUACAGUUGCUUUCAUGUAUUAUAACCAUUCUUACAAACAAAAUGUCCUAUUUAAAUAAAUGUCAUUCAAAAGGAA